AUGCAGCCCAGCAUGACGUCCUUUAUGGCGAUGUGGUGGGUGCUACUCGCUUUCGUCAAUCAGGCUGCGGCUAGCACAUGCACAGCCUCCGAAAUUCCAACUUUGCUGGCCAGUCAUGCCACCAGCGCAAGUUGUUGGACCGUGAUCGUGGUGAACCGCCAAAGAGUAGUCUACGACGUGACGAGGCUGCUUUCCAAUCACGAGGGCGGCCGCAAGGUCAUAGAGCAGAUGUGUGGCCUUGAUGGAUCCAUCGGAUUCUGGUGCGUCCACAGCUUGGAAGACCUUCAGGAGUCCAUUGCUGACGGGGAUGCCACCGAGAUUUGCAGGAGUGCUGCCUCAAUCCCCCCUGCUCGACGCUUGGAUGAGGACGAUGAUGAGGAUGAGGACGAGGACGAGGACGAUGAUGAAGGUAUGCGCGACACUUGUGCAGCAGGUGGCUCCUUGCCUGCCGCUCCCACCGCUGCCAUUCAAGCCUCUGAGGUGGCUUUGCACAAAUCCUCUGACGAUUGCUGGACAAGCAUGGAUGAUGGCAGUCGGAAGGUUGUCAUGGACAUGUCUUUGUACACUCACUACCACCCUGGCGGAAAAGCGUACGUACUGUCCAUGUGCGGCAAGGAUUCCACCGCCUCUUAUCGAGGCUUCCAUCCCUUUUCUUACCUUGGUCAAGGAGUGAGUUAUGGAUACAUCGUUAUGAAGGGCACUCUGCAAGGCACGUAUCCGGCUCCGCCACCACCCCCUGCCGGGAGCCCGGCACCAGCUCCAGGUGGCAGUCAGUACACGGCCAUCACCGCUUCAGUGCUUGCCACGCAUGCAAGUGCAAGCGACUGCUGGGGCCGGGUUGGCAGCUGGGUGGUGGACAUGACGGCCUUGCGCAGUACCCACGCAGCUGGGAACUCAAUGCUCCUGUGUGGCCAGGACGUGACAGACUCUUUUCGGAGCAUUCAUGCGGAUUCCUACAUCUCGCGAAUGCCGGUCAUGGGAACUUAUGAUUCCACCGUCAAUCGGAAUCCCGCCAGUUCCGCGCCAACGACGGCAGUUCCGACCACCACGACCGGUCCCACACCAAAUGCACCUUCGCCAAGUGGAGGAGAAACGUCCAUUCUAAACCCUACCGUCCCCACCGAGGAUGUGAACGUGAUAUCUACCUCGGAGAUGUCUUGGCAUGCUGUGCUCUCGGACUGUUGGCUGGCAAUGCGCUGCAAAGUCUACGACAUGACCAGCUACAUCCCGUUCCACACGGGUGACCGCUACACGCCGCCAGGCGGUCAAGGGGCGAUCGAGAAGCUUUGCGGUGCAGAUGCAACGGCCGCCUUCGAGGCCGUCCACCCUAUCUCCUACAUGGACCUCUCAAUCCGAACGGGUGCGGCUCUUUUGGGAGAUCUUGCUGGCUGCGGCGCCGCUCCCGCAGCCCCACAGCAGACCACUGCGACCACCACCACAACAACUCCCGCACCAGCAGUGCCGCAGAAUGCAACGAUGUGGUACAACCUGAGCUUCCCAAACUUGCUGGCCUCCAGCGUGGACCUGACCAGCGCACAGACGGAGGCCUCGCUUGCGAUCCAGGCAGAGCCAAGAGAUAAAAUUGCUGGGUUUUCUGCGUUUUGGUAG